AUGUCGCACCACAGACAAGUGGAAAUGAUGUCUUCUUCUCUUUCACUAUCUCUUUCAUUUCUAUUUCUCUUUAUCCAAACGUUUUCUUCCAUUUCAGAAGCUUCUGUUCCUCCCGCACACACUUUCAAGUACGUCAAUGAAGGAGAAUUCGGGCCGUACAUUGUCGAAUACAGGGCAGACUAUCGUGUUCUAGAUGUCUUCAACUCUCCAUUCCAGCUCUGCUUCUACAACACCAGCCAUGGUGCCUUCACCCUCGCUUUACGCAUGGGCACAGUGCGUUCCGAGUCGCUCAUGCGUUGGGUUUGGGAAGCCAACCGGGGUAAAUCCGUCGGCGAGAACGCGACCCUCACGUUUGGAACAGACGGAAACCUCGUUCUGGCCGACGCCGAUGGCAGCAUUGCGUGGCAAACCGGCACUGCGAACAAAGGUGUUGUGGGGUUAAAGCUGCUUCCAAAUGGUAAUAUGGUGCUUCAUGACUCGAAGGGGAAGUUUAUAUGGCAGAGCUUUGAUCACCCGACGGACACCCUCUUGGUUGGUCAAUCUCUCAAGGUCGGAGCUGCCACCAAGCUUGUUAGCCGGAAGACCGCUGAAACCAACCAAGAUGGACCGUACAGCUUGGAGUUGGAGGCUAAAAGGUUGGCCAUGUACAACAACAUUGCUGGGAAUAAGAAAAUACUGUACUUUGCAUCUUCUGAUUGGAUUACUGUUAGUAAGGGCUCGUUGGAGUAUGUGAGAAUUGAGAGCAGCCCAGAUUCCGACGAGGGCUAUGCCUAUAACUUGUUGUUAGAGUACCAAGUGGCAAACUCAUCGACUUCUGGGAAUCGCAUUUUGGUAAGGCCAAAAUACAACGCCACGUUGACGUUUCUCCGGCUGGGAAUCGACGGAAAUCUGAGGCUCUACACAUACUAUGACAAGGUGGAUUCGGGUGCAUGGGAGGUGACUUAUACUCUCUUCUCCAGAGACUCCAACGAAGGUGAGUGCCAGUUGCCGGUGAGGUGUUUUAACUUUGGUCUCUGUGAGGACAACCAGUGCGUUGCGUGCCCACUGCCCAAUGGGUUGUUGGGUUGGAACCAGAGUUGUAAGCCGUUGCUUGUUUCAUCUUGUAGUCCGAAGAAUUUUCAAUAUUACAGGCUCGAGGGGGUUGAUCAUUACAUGAGCAAGUACAGCGAAGCCGAUGGACCCAUGAGUGAGAGAGACUGUGGGAAUAAAUGCACUAAAGAGUGCAAAUGUGUGGGGUAUUUCUAUCACCAAGACACUAAGAAGUGCUGGAUUGCUUUUGAUCUUCGAACCAUUACAAAGGUCAAUAAUGCAACACAUGUGGGGUACAUAAAGGUGGUUGCCGUUGUGACUUACACAAUACCGUUGACGACAUGCCAUGAGGCCUAA